AUGACGGUGGAACGUGUGUGCAGCGAGGUGUUGAUGGAGGAGCAGACUCUUUCCAUCGAACAAAGCUACAAGCAGAUCACCAACGAUGCAUCUGCUUUCUCGGGCGUUGUCAACACGAUCGUGGCUACACCAGGGGUCAACGGGAAGGAAUGGAAUGGAGGAAGAGAGCAGAUGGACAAGAAGAAGGAUGGCAAGCGGGAAAAGAAGCGAGCCCCCUUCAAGGGGCGUUGUUACAGCUGCAACGAGGAGGGGCACAUGGCUGCCAAGUGCCCCAACAAGAAGAAGGAUGCAACGCCCGCGGCAGUCGCGAACGUUGCUGAAGGAGACGGAAAGGGAAUGAAGGCCAACUUGGUCUCCCCUGGGCAGCUCACGGACAAAGGAGCAAAUGUGCAAAUCGAAGAAGGUGUCACCCACAUCAUUGCAUUGGGAGUACAAGUGGUUGCAACGGCACGCUACCGCCAUCGUCUUCUCUGCGUUGACCUGAAACCAUGGCCAGCAAGCAACGGCACGGCGGCUGCAGUGGCAUGCAACGGCACGGCGGCUGCACCUACAUGCAAUGGCACGGCGGCUGUAGAGUCACGCAAGGGAACGACGGCUGCAGCUACAUGCAACGGCACGGCGGCUGCAGAGGCAUGCAAGGGAAUGGCGGCUACAGCGGCAUGCAACGGCACGGUGGCUGCGGCAGCAUGCAGCGGCAUGGUGGCAGCAACGGCAAGCAACGGCACGGUUAAGGUGCUUGCUGAUGUGGCACUAGGCAAGCCGGAAGUCAAGAAAGGAGUGGCCAGCCUUAGACGUACGCGGUGGGCUCCAAGGCAACGCCCAACCUAUGGCACGCUCGCCUUGGACACGUCCACUUCGAUGCGGUGA